ACAAAAUUCGGUAUGUUAGACUGAAAUAGGAAUAAUGCAACUUUUGCAUUUGACGUCUGUCAACAAAUAAAAUAUAACAUUGUUGUUUGUUGGCUUGGCUUGUGGUUCGUGUUUAGUGUUAUUUCAAUUUAAUUAAAAUGUGUGAUAAGAAACGUGAACGUAGUUCCAACUUUGCUAUUUCCGAAAUUUCAUUAUUAACGGAAUUAGUGUCCAAGUAUAAGUUAAUCAUAGAAAAUAAAAAAACCGACGCCGUCACUAACAAAGACAAAGAAGCGGCAUGGAAUUCUAUUGCGCAGACUUUUAAUGCUGCCUCUAGUGCUUCGACGGUUAGGACAGCAAAAACCUUGAAGCUAAAGUAUGAGGGAAUUAAAAAAUCCGCCAAGAAAAAAAUGACCGCACACAGGCAGGAGUUGUACCGAACAGGCGGCGGGCCUUCUACAGCUCCAAAGAUUGGUGUGAUAGAGGACAAAGUCCUGUCAAUAUGUGCCAAUAUAUCUGGGUUAGAUGCUCGGAAUGACAGCGAUAACUUUACAGAUAAACCUGAUGAAACUGUUGAGGAGAUAUUAAAUGCAAAUGGUGUGGCUGAUUUGACAUUUGAAACAACAGCUACUCUACCAGAUCAUGAAGCAGUUGAGACACCCAUCAUGAUGGAGUUAGAGUUUACCGAUGGGGAUGAUAACCAUGACAAAGAAAACAUCACAGAUGAUUUAAACAGCACUUUUAAAAGUGAAACUUUAAAAGAUUCACAAAACAAAUGGGCAUCGUGGAACCCUAAGGCGCUGAAAACAAAAGUUUCACAGGCCCUGAAACCGUCUAAAGGCAGUGUCACAACUAAAUUGGACCAACUAAGUGCAGAACGGCUAGAGCUGGUGCAAUUACAAAAGGAGGUUGUGAGAAACCAACUCCGUUAUGAAUUAGAGGAACAUCAAUUAAAGAUGCAAAAUCUAAGAGCCGAAGAAGAAAGAAAGCUAGAAUUGCAUCAACUAAUGGUUGAUACUAUGAAAAGGAAAUAAAUAUAUAAGUUAAUAAUGUCAAUUGCAGUCAAUUGCUUUAAUUUAGUUUAGGUCUAGUUCUACUUAUAGUUAAUGUCUUAGUUCUUAGGAUUUUUAGUUAUUGUAUUUUUUUUUUAUCUUUUACGUGUAAACUUGCUAGGUACUAAAUAAAUAAAU